AUGGAAGAAGGCAAAGAGAAACUGCCAUACCCCAAAGCAGUGGGGUUCAUUGUCACAAAUGAAUUUUGCGAAAGAUUUUCUUACUAUGGAAUGCGUACAAUCCUAUCGCUUUACCUACGAUACAAGUUGGGAUACACCGACAAUGGGGCAACUGUAGUGUACCAUACAUUCACAAUGUUCGCUUAUUUCUUCCCAUUAAUCGGAGCUAUGAUUGCUGACAGUUGGCUGGGACGAUUCAGAACAAUAUUCUAUCUGUCACUAGUUUAUGCGACGGGAAGCAUCCUUAUAUCACUGACAGCCAUGCCGCCUCUAGGCUUGCCACAAAUGGAAAUCACAAUUUUAGCACUUCUCCUAAUAGCAUUCGGUACGGGUGGAAUAAAACCUUGUGUGUCCGCCUUCGGAGGGGAUCAGUUCAAGCUACCUGAACAGGCGAGGUACUUGGGAUACUUCUUUUCCCUGUUUUACUUUUCAAUCAACGCUGGAAGUCUGAUCUCAACUUUCCUAACACCGAUCUUAAGAGCUGAUGUACACUGCUUUGGUGAACAGGACUGUUACUCCCUUGCUUUUGGAGUGCCUGGUUUACUUAUGAUCGUAUCUAUUGGUUUCUUCGUUGCCGGGAAAAAGCUGUAUAUAAUCAAAAAGCCAGAAGGUAAUAUUUUGGGAAAAGUGUCUUCUUGCGUUGGUUAUGCUGUAGUAAAAUCAGUGAAAAGCAAAGUUAAACGACACCAUUGGUUAGACCAUGCUGAUGAUAAGUUUGACAGUAAUCUCAUAGAAGACGUCAAAUCAUUAUUAAGAGUUCUAGUUCUCUUCAUUCCGUUACCAAUAUUUUGGGCCUUAUUCGACCAACAAGGUUCCAGAUGGACCUUCCAAGCUGACAGAAUGGAGCAAAAUAUCGCUGGAUGGACUUUGAAAGCCGAUCAAAUGCAAGUUCUGAAUCCUCUGUUAAUUUUAGUGUUUAUACCACUAUUUGAAGUUGCUAUUUAUCCAUUCUUGAGGUGGUGCAAGCUGGUUAGCAAGCCAUUACAUAAAAUGAUUUGGGGUGGCGUAUUGGCGGCUUUAGCGUUUUUGAUAUCUGGAAUAGUUGAACUCAACCUAUUGCCGACAUACGGAACACCCGUAGCUCCGGGGUUGGCGCAGUUACGAGUAUAUAACGGUUUUAAUUGUAACUUUACUUUGACCUUACAAAGUGACGCUAAUAGUACAGAAAACUUCAUAGUCGGUUCGCUGGGAGUAUUCGAAAAGUUAGACCUUGAGGCAAAAGAGGCGAUUGAAUUACCUUACUCUCUCAGGGGACAAGAAAGCACUGCUUGCGCUAAUAAGUUAUAUAAUGGCAACUUUCUACUUAACGAGACAACAGCCAACUCUUUCUUUAUUAACAAUGAAACAGUUGAAGGUUUUACUGAUAACAACGAUAAGGCUAUCGAUGGAGUUAUUGUUAGGUAA